GACUUCCUCCUGGGCGGAAACUUCGCGGAGGCUCGGGGCGGGAGCACGUGUGGCCUGUCCGGUGUCGCCUCUCUUGACCAGCCAAGCUAAGCCACGAGCUCGGACGGGGCUCGCUGGCCCCUCCUGCUGCCCAGAGCGGGAAUGGUUGAGGCCGGACUGGGGAGCGGAAGGGAGGAAUGUGACCGCGCCAAGAAAACGGACAUAAACUAAGUAAGAGUGGGGUCUGGGGAAAGCUCCUCCCCUAGGACUCGGAGCAGGCUGGAGUGAGGAGGUGAUUGGCUCUGGGAGUCCGGCUGAACCCAGUUGACUAAACUGCCGAGAUGGUUGACUCUGCCAAGGUGUUACGGCUUUUUAAAACCUUGCACAGGACUAGACAGCAAGUUUUUAAAAACGAUACCAGAGCACUAGAAGCAGCAAGAAAAAAGAUAAAUGAAGAAUUCAAAAAGAAUAUAAGUGUGACUUCACCAGAGGAAAUAGAAAAGUUGAUCAAGAUAGGUUCUGAUGUUGAAUUAAUACUCAGAAAAUCUGUUAUACAGGGCAUUCACACAGAUCAAAACACUUUGAAGUUAGUUCCUAGGAAAGACCUUCUUACAGAGAAUAAUCCUUACUGUGAUGUACCUACCCAGAAGCCAUGAAUCUUCUUGGACAAUUUAUUGC